UGUGUCCAGUCUUGCCUGCAUCAACUUCAACUUUCUGAUCAGUUGAAUGAAGCCAUGUCGACCGGCAGCCUUGUCCAUUCCUGCUCAGCCAGUGCAAGGUGGCUUGAAAGGCCUGUUCGAGCCAGGUCUUUCAGGAGGCCCAUGGCACCCAUGGCACCCAUGGCAGUGGCAGCCUUGGCGCGAUGGCGUGAUGGCCAUGGCGGUGGUGAGGGCGGCGAGGGCGGCGAGGGCGGUGCAGGUUGCGCAGCGUGCGCAUUCCAGGCCCAUGGAAGUGCCUGCAGCGCGACGGCUGCGAAUGCUGCAGCGGCCCAAGGAAGAUCUCAGGCAGGCCACGGCCUUUUCCAGAGUCUCAAAGUUUCUAAGCAUGCCCGCAGAACCUGCAGAAACAACAGAGGAGCACCGCUCUGACUCCAGAAAGUCGCAAGAACUUCGAGCCCUGCUGAAACGCUGCAGGAGCCCUGAAGGACUUGUGACAAUGCUCAAGAACGCUUUGUUCGAGGGGAUUCGGGAGAGCAGCAUCUUCGGAGCGGCGAUGCAAACCUGCGGCUACAGGUGUUGGUGGAUGACUCUGCAGAAAGUUCGCGAACUCCAACUGCAGAACGCCAUCAAAUUUGACGCUGUGGCUACUUCAAUUGGCCUAACAGCCAUCACUUGGAAUCUCAGGAACGAGGGGCUAUUUGAUGUGCUUGAAGAACGAAAAGAGCCAGCACUGACCAUGGCCAAGGAGUUGUGGCAGGAGGGGGUGAUCAACGCUGUGGUGCUCACCAGUGCAUUGAAGCUGUGCACUCAAUUGGAGUGCCCAGCUGCGUGGCAGUGGGGACAACAGCUUUGGCAAGAGACCGAGUCAGGAAUUGAGAAAAACUCGAUUGUCUAUUCGGCUUACAUUACCAUGCUGGAGAGAUACGGAGACUUCUCGGAGGUGGACCGUUUGUUGGACUUUGACGAGCACUUGAGUCCAGUUCUGCUAGGAGCUUUGGUGGACCUGGCGGGACACCGGCACGAUCCAGCUCGGGCUGAUGCGAUUUGGAAGAAGAUGGUUGUGCAAAAGCGAGUCAAGCCCAUUGAAUCAUCCUACAACGCCUAUGCCCGAGCAUAUCUCGUAUCUGGUGAUCCUGAGGGAGGGGAGCUGCCUGCGCCAGAUGGCCAUUGCCAAGAUGGAGGAGAUGUUUGUGCGAAGGGUUGGGCAAUUCACCUGGAUCAAUGCCAAGGACCAUGCACAGGCUCUUCUGAUCCUGUAUCAUUCAAUGCCAACGGAAGACAACAAGGAACGGCUGCAGCGCUUUCUGCGCAGUUCUCAAGUGAUCUUCAGUGGUGGUGGGCAGCGCCUGUCUGCUGCGCCGAAGACAGCUGUAGAGGAGUGGCAAAAGCUUCGUGCUGGAGCACAGGAUCUGCUGCGCCGCUCCUCACAGGAAUCAAACGUCCCGAAUACGCCGCAUAUGCCCCACUUGCAUGAUAUUCUCUUGACGUGGAGGGCAUCAUGCAAAAGUCGAAUGGCCUCGGGGCCAAAUUUUGCCUUCGCCGGUGACUACCUCCCGCACCAUCUGGGUUUGCUGAAACCGCUGUCAGCCCGGAGCGGAGAUCGGAGCGACAGCAGAGCUCGUGGCAAGGGCCGCGGAAACGGCAAAGGCAAAGGCAAAGGCCGCGG